AUGGCGGCAACCAUGACGGAAACGAAGCAACACACAGAUUUUAGCAAAUUGAGUAAAACUCGGGAGUCUGACUGGCCUGCAGUACUUUUCUUCAUACAUAUUCACUUUCUGUCAAUAUAUGCCGUAUGGCUCGUUUUCACAGAAGCCAAAUUACUUACUAUAUUAUUCCUUCUCGUCCUUACAUUAUUUGCCACACUAGGAGCCACUGUUGGAGCACAUAGACUAUGGGCACACAACACAUAUAAAGCAAGCUCUGAACUCAGAAUAUUCCUUAUGCUGUGUCAAACUUUAGUUGGACAGGGUUCAAUAUACAACUGGGUCCAGCAUCACAGGUUACAUCACGCUCAAUUCAAAACUGAUGGAGAUCCCUACAAUCCAAAACAUGGAUUUAUUUACGCACAUUUCCUUACAAGGCUGCGUAAACUAAGCGACUAUCAACUAGCUCUCAAGGACACUGUAGAUAUGUCAGACCUGGAGAAGGACUCGAUUGUCAUGUUUCAAAAAAGGUUUUACUGGAUACUAUACGGUUUAUUAUUUAUGCUCCUUCCAUUAAACGCCCCUCUCGAAUAUUGGAAUGACAGUGUAUUAAGCGCGAUAUUUCUCAUUGGCUUGUUGCGGUACUGCCUCGUGUUACAUGCCUCUUGGCUCAUCGAGAGCGGAGUAGUACUAUGGGGAUUGAAAGAAGGCGAAAAGUUCCCCCCAGACAGCAAUCUUGUGUUUGUCUUAAAUAGAACAUUUUGGCCACACUACCACUACAUCUACUCAAAAGACUAUAAAUCUGGAGAAUAUGGCACAUACGAUUCGGGCUGCUCCACUGCGUUUAUAAAAGUAUUCGCAGCACUUGGCCUUGCAACGAAGUUAACAACACUCGAACCUCGCACUCUGCAAACCGCUAUGGCGGAGAGCGCCAAAACCAACAAGCCUAUUAGCGACUGCAUAGAGGAAGCUUUGAAAAACCAAAUACUAAGCGAUGAACACUUUUUAAAACAGUAA